AUGAAGGUCCUCUCCCUGCUCGCCCUCGGCGGGCUCGCCGCCGCGCACUUCGAGCUCAAGUACCCCAAGUCCAUCGGCUUCUCGGACGACCAGGAGGACCAAGCGCCGUGCGGCGGCUUCACGCCCGACUUCUCCAAGACCCUCGUCGACUUCCACGUCGGCGGCGAGGCGCUCGCCAUGCGCCUCACCCACCAGCAGAGCAAUUGGCUGUUCCGCGCCACCACCGACGAAAAGGCCCAGUCCGGCUGGCAGCAGCUCUUCCCCAUCGUCAUGCAGAGCGGCCUCGGCGACUUUUGCGAGCCGAGCGUCAAGGCGCCCGAGAGCUGGGUGGGCAAGAAGGGCGUCGUCAGCGUCGUCUCUUCGGCCGUCGACGGCCUGCUGUACCAGUGCGUCGCCGUCAACUUUGUCAAGGGAUCGGCCGAGGCCCCCUCCCAGUGCACCAACUCGACCAUCAAGGUCAACUUCGUCGACGAUUCGAAGCUGUCGGCUCUCGUGGGCGACGCUGCCAACACCACCUCUGGCGGAUCCAGCGCGACCCCAACCAAGUCCAGCGCCGCGGCGACGUCCACGGGCGCAGCGGCGACGGUGCAGAUGCGGGCCGGCGGGAGCUUUGGCUGGGCCGGCGCAGUGACGGUGCUGGCAAUGGCAGCGCUUGGCGGAGCAUUCAUCGCAUGA